CAGGAAGAAGAUAAACAAGUAUCCUACACAGACUUUUUUUUUUUAAUGAAAGGUUUUCUUUCUGCUACUUUAACACAACUUUUUACUGCAUAACUUUGUUAGGGUUGUAAUUAAGUCAUCUUUAAAAAUUAAAAAAACCUACUUUUAUCUCAAAUUCUUCAGCGUCAGCCUAGCUAUCACUGUACAGUUGCAAUGUUUAAAACCCAAGGCUGUCAGGAAGAAAGCAAAGCUCCCUGGGGCUCUGUGGGGGAAAACGCACAUUUGCUGCUCCUUCUUUUUGCAGUCAAAGCUGGAGGAAUGCGAGUCUCCAAAAAACAAGAAAAUGCAGUGGCAGAGAGAAAAGCCAAAAAAGGCGGACUAGAGAAACCGAGUACUCUUGCCAAUGUUACGAAAAUGCAAAGUAUGGUUAUAUUGAAUGAUACACUAGAGAAGAUCAGCCACAAAUUCCCAUCAGCAAUUCAAGUGGCUCAUCAGAAGCCAAGACCUGGCCUGGAGAAGACUGCACCGCCAAAAAGGAUCUAUAUUAUUCAACAGCCUCGAAAAUGCUGAGCUGUGAAGUAAAGCACAGGCAUCUCUCUGACAGCAUGUAGCAUUUGUACUCAAAGUUCAUGGGCAUCUCCCCCCAAAUCAUACAAGUUUGGUAAAUACAGUGGGUUUGGGGGGGAACUUUUCUUUUUUACUUUGGACAACAAAGGAUUUGUGAAUGUAAAUCUAGUGCUUUCCUGGGUAUUUUGGCUUGUGUCAUAGUUUUAUACUAUAAUAAAACAUUUUUCACUGCUCUCUUAUAA